UUCAUCUAUUUUCUUUGUCUUCCAUAACGCUUCUACGGAAAUAAAAAUUAAUCUUUGAGAAUAAGCAAGCGUGAAAUGAAUUAAAAGACUGUUUUGUUAGUUUGGUUACCAAAAUAUAGAUUAGUUUGUUCAUUAAUAUUUUGAAGUCCAUUUUCUGUUUUCAAAAUGAACAGCAAAUCUGUGGAAAAUGACUACGAUAGUGAUUCUAUUAUUUCUGACAACUCGAUUGCUAGUAUUACUGAAAUUCUAACCCGGAAGGCCUCGAUUGAAACUAUUUUUGUUGACAGUAGUAGCAGCGGCGAGGAAGAAGAUUUAGAUAUUGAAACGAAAAAUGGUGGUGAGUUUCUUCAAGAAGAAAAAUUUGUUGUAGAUGAGAUAGUAGAAGAAAUACAAGAAAAAAUCGUUAAAAAACAUGAAGAUAAGGCUACGCAGACUUAUGACAAUGAAUUCCUUCCAAAGGCUUUUAAUCGAAUUGACAACACUUUAAAGGCCAGUACAACAAAUACUCUUGGGUUCAGCGAAGCAAUGACUUCUGGACCAAAUCAAUGCACUUUAAUGGAAACAGGUAGUGUAUCUGCAAGUAUUGCAACAUCAGCUAUUAUUUCUACUUCUACUAGAGUAACAAGCAAUAGGAAUAAUCAAAAUUUUAAUAACAACUCAAUCAGAAAUAAAAACCACGUUCGCAAUAAUGUAGUCAGAACUAAGCGAACUUAUAACCGUAUAAAGAGUUAUAAAAAUUAUAGAGUACAGCCUUAUAGGUAUUAUAAUAAUUAUUACAAUAGUAAUAAGAACAGAUCAUACUAUAGAAAAUAUUGUAAUGGUUACAAUAAUAAUUAUUACAAGAGAAAUUACAAUUAUAGCAAUAAUAGAUAUGGUACUGCAUAUUAUAAUAACAAUUAUCGUUAUAACAAUGUUCCAAGGUAUCGCAAUCAAUUUUUCACAUAUCAAUUCAAAGAGCGACUGUUCAGAGGAUUUAUUGAAUUAAUGGAUUAUAUAUUUGAUUAUGAUUACUCUCAAGAUGUCCGUUAUUAGUUUAAGAAAUUAUUGCUAAUUAUUUAAAAACAAAUUUUAUUUGUACCUGUAGUGAUAAUUUUUUCUAUAAUUAUAUUCAUUGAAAGCUUAAUUUUUGAUAUCCAUUAGAUCACCAUGAUAAACUGCCAUAUGAUAUAUCACACUAUGUAUUUGCAUUUGUAUUAUGAUAUUUCUAAUACUAUAUACCUUGACAAACAAUUGAUAUUGUGUAUCUAUAUUCUUUACUAUUUUUAUUACUAAAAAUUUUUGUUAUAAACAAAUAUUGGUUUACUGUUUACGUAAGCUUUCACAUAAUCCAAUACACACAUACAAACACAUGGGUGUGUAUAUAUAUAUAUGUAUAAUAUUUAUAUUAUACCGUGAAGGCUUUUACAAUGUUACUGAAUUUAAAAAAUCUAAUUGCUCAUAGUAUACUUUUUAUAUAAAGUCUUAAUUUAACAAAAAAUGCGGAUUUAUUACAGAAAGAAUGGGCCUUAUAACAAAGUAUAAUUUAAAAAGAUGAUUGUUAGUAAUUUUUAGUCUAGACAUGGCACCAAUGAUUUUUUAAUCUACAAUACAACAAAGUGAAAACCCGCAUUAUCAUUAUAAAUCCAUCUCUCGUUAUGAGGAUCUGGGAAAGUGCAUAAAACCGCACCACCCUACCUUUUUCUUAGCUGAAAGCUUAGCUUACUUAGGCUUUCUUCUCGAUACAUUUUGUUUUCAAAAAUAUUUUAAGAAGCGGACCUCUUUAAAAUCCUUUAUCCCGUUAUUAUUUUUAUGAGUUUUGAAAUCAUAUUUUGUUUUCGUCAUGAAUCUUUUAUAUUCAUUUAAUAAAAAAUAAAAUGCCGAAGCGAUUU